AUGGAGUGCUGGCUGGAGAACGGGCACUCCCUGACCUUCAUUCCGGACCCUGAGCACACACCCGGUGCUCACCAAACGACCUUCAACUGCUUCUACGCCGGGGCGGCUGCGUUUUUCCUCUGUGGUCUGUGCAUCCUCCGUGAGCGGUGUCGACGGGACGUGGCUUCGGACGACUUCUAUCUGCUCUUCUUCUUCUUGGGUGCCACUGGCCACGCCUGUGCUGGUGCUGCCUUACAGGCGACCGCCGGUGACAACUGGGGCACCGCGGUGGCCAAGGUCCUCAUGGUCUUGUCCAGUGGCGCUCUGCUCUUGGACAGCUGCUGCGCUCUGGAGAACGCCUACCACUACCAGAAGAAGUUCCUGAAGCGAGGCUUCUUCGGCCUGUGCAUCGGUUUGCUGGCCGGUGGGCUGCUGACGGCCCUGCUCGUCUGGGGGUCCCACUUCCAGGUCACCAUGUACUUCCUCGCAGCCUUAGCGCUGCUUUGCUGUGUCGCGCGGGCCACUGUAUGGUAUGUUGAGCCGGAGUCCGUCGAGAAUUUUCUUCGGUUUGACUCUGCCGCCUCGAUGCUGGCCGGGGCCCUGGAUGCCGCCUUGUUCGAGCCCCGCUGCGGCUAUGCAGGCCACCCUAGCUGCUACGCGAAAUGCCCCUGGGCGCCCGGCAUGCACUUCCUGAUCUGGGUGGUCUGCACCAUCUUGGGUGGCCUUGGCAUGACCAUCCUCCAGCUCUGCGCGCCAGAGCAUUGGGCCUUCCCUCGGCUCUGGCGCGACCAGCCCACGGUGCGGUCCGGGCCGUUUCAGCCGGUGCCCCCACCGCCGUGGUAG